GCCUCCGGAGUGGUCACAGAAUCGAGUGGAGGCGAGAGGCUGACAAAUCUGUAUUUGCUUGCAAAGGGACCCUGAGUAGGCCUUGAAUUCCUUUUCCCUAGCAGCGAGCAGUAGUAAUAGUCAGUCCAAGUCUAGUCGUUGUCGUCUCAACAUCUCACAUUUCACAUCUCCCGAGUCGUCUUCUCUUUAAAUAACCAACCAUGUGCGGCGGCUGGGCCUGUGCCUCUUACGAUCUGGCCUGCAAUAAUCCACCAUUGUCCACGGUCCGUUUCACAGGCCGGGACUUUAUUCCCACUCCUUGUGGACCCUAUGACAAGUGUUAUGCCGUGGACACAAGCCGCAAGAAGAACACCAACAAUUGCUAUGUGCCGCACAACCUUGCACCUCUAGAGGCAACGAUCUGCACUGAGAAGAAGACCGGACAGUAAGGAGAUGUUCCCCCAGAACACCUAGUGGGGAUUUUGAGAUAUUAGGCCAACGACGACUGCUUGAAUGUUUUACCUUUCAAAUUAAAAAAAAAUAGUUAAGCAAAUA